AUGACUGCACAUCUUCACCCAAAAGUUGUCAUCAACUCGAGCGAUCGAUGGUUCUUGUUUCUCUUUGGUUGGACUUUGCUUGUCGGGUCGUUUUUACAUGUCUUGACUGCAACUGGAAUUUGGCCUGAAAAAGCUCCCUAUUGGAUUGGAGUAUAUUUUGACAGUUUGAUAUUGUUUGAUUUCUUUGGAGGAGUUGGUUUGUUAGUAGGCCUAUCCAAACGAACACGUCAAAGUAUUCAGUUCAAUUGGUGGCCGUUACGGUAUACCUUAUAUUUAUGUGUAUGGAUUUGUGCAUCCAAUGCUGUGGCCAGUGGUUAUAUGAUCUACCUGGAUGUGUUGGAGAAUUAUGGAAGUGGAUUUUCAGUCGAAUUGAGAAUUGUAGAUCUUGUGAUUGUUGUCAUUGGGCUUGUGCGGAGUGUGAAAAUUCUUCGUCAGAAUCAUGAUGGAUUUUGA